AUGAAUAGAUUUUGGAAUACUAAGAAAUUUUCAUUAACAAAUGCCGAUGGACUAUGUGCUACCUUAAAUGAGAUAUCUCAAAAUGAUGAAGUUCUUGUGGUUCAACCAAGUGUAUUGCCAGUACUCAAUAGUUUGCUAACUUUCCAAGAUUUGACUCAAUCAACUCCUGUAAGGAAAAUUACGUUACUCGAUGAUCAGCUAAGUGACGAUUUACCGAGUGCCUUAGGCAGCGUUCCGCAAAUGGAUCUUAUUUUUCUUAUUGAUGUCAGAACAUCUCUCCGACUCCCUCCACAACUGCUUGAUGCUGCUCAAAAGCACAAUUUAUCAUCUUUGCAUAUAAUAUACUGUCGAUGGAAACCGUCUUUCCAAAAUACUUUGGAGGAUACAGAGCAAUGGCAAAAGGAUGGUUUCGAUUUGAAUUCAAAAAAAACACAUUUCCCUAACGUCAUUGAAUCUCAGUUAAAGGAGCUAUCGAACGAAUAUACCCUUUACCCUUGGGAUCUCUUGCCCUUCCCACAGAUUGAUGAAAAUGUUCUAUUGACUCAUUCCCUUUAUAACAUGGAAAAUGUAAACAUGUAUUAUCCCAACUUACGUUCUUUGCAGAGUGCCACAGAGUCAAUACUGGUUGAUGAUAUGGUCAAUUCGUUGCAGAGCUUGAUUUUUGAAACUAAUAGUAUCAUAACAAAUGUUGUGUCGAUAGGUAAUCUGUCUAAGAGAUGUAGCCAUCUUUUGAAGAAACGAAUCGAUGAGCAUCAAACAGAGAAUGAUUUAUUCAUCAAGGGUACGCUUUAUGGUGAACGAACCAACUGUGGACUAGAAAUGGACUUGAUUAUCUUGGAAAGGAAUACCGAUCCUAUAACGCCAUUGUUGACACAACUUACGUAUGCAGGAAUACUAGAUGAUCUAUAUGAAUUCAAUUCUGGCAUAAAGAUAAAGGAGAAAGACAUGAACUUCAAUUAUAAGGAAGAUAAAAUAUGGAAUGAUUUGAAAUUUUUAAAUUUUGGGUCGAUUGGGCCGCAGUUAAAUAAAUUGGCAAAGGAACUACAAACGCAAUAUGAUACAAGGCAUAAAGCCGAGAGCGUACAUGAAAUCAAAGAAUUCGUUGAUUCCUUAGGUUCUUUGCAACAAAGGCAAGCUUUUUUGAAAAAUCACACAACCUUAUCAUCCGACGUUUUGAAAGUGGUAGAGACUGAAGAGUACGGAUCUUUCAAUAAAAUCUUAGAGUUAGAGCUGGAAAUUUUGAUGGGAAAUACACUUAAUAACGACAUUGAAGAUAUUAUACUCGAGUUGCAGUACCAGUACGAGGUUGAUCAAAAGAAGAUUCUCAGAUUAAUCUGUUUAUUGUCUCUUUGUAAAAAUUCACUUCGAGAAAAGGAUUAUGAAUAUCUAAGAACCUUUAUGAUCGACUCUUGGGGCAUUGAAAAAUGCUUUCAACUUGAAUCAUUGGCUGAGUUAGGAUUUUUCACUAGCAAAACGGGAAAAACUGAUUUGCAUAUUACAACAAGUAAGUCAACAAGAUUACAGAAAGAAUACCGUUAUAUUUCACAAUGGUUCAAUACAGUACCCAUAGAAGACGAGCAUGCUGCCGAUAAAAUCACAAAUGAGAACGAUGACUUCUCGGAAGCCACUUUUGCUUACAGUGGUGUAGUGCCCUUGACAAUGAGACUGGUUCAGAUGUUAUAUGAUAGGUCUAUCUUGUUCCAUAAUUAUUCCUCGCAGCAGCCUUUUAUACUGUCAAGAGAACCUAGAGUUUCUCAAACGGAGGAUUUAAUUGAACAGUUAUAUGGAGACUCACAUGCGAUCGAAGAGAGUAUAUGGGUCCCGGGAACCAUUACAAAAAAGAUCAAUGCAAGCAUCAAGAGCAAUAAUAGACGGUCCAUAGACGGAUCUAAUGGGACAUUUCAUGCUGCAGAGGAUAUUGCACUCGUAGUAUUCCUCGGAGGUGUAACAAUGGGUGAAAUAGCUAUAAUGAAGCAUUUGCAAAAAAUACUAGGUAAAAAAGGUAUCAAUAAAAGGUUUAUCAUCAUCGCCGAUGGCUUGAUCAAUGGCACAAGGAUCAUGAACUCUAUAUCUUAA